UGAGCUCUACUUCCGUGUUCUCAGUGUAAUUUGGCAAUGGACGCUAAUGCUGUAAAGGCGAUACUUUUUGACCUGGACAACACGCUCAUCGAAACACAUCGGGCGGGUCGAUAUGCGAUACAAAAGACCCAGGAACUUUUGAAGACCUCACUGGCUCUUGACGAUGACACCAUAACCAAUAUUUGUGACAAGUUCAAGCAGAAACUUCUUCAUGAGAACUUUGACCCCACAGCUGGCAGAUCCAUUGAUGAGGUCCGAGUGGGUCACUGGGAAGACAGCAUUAAGGAAAGUGUGGACAGUUGUUCAACAUCCUCCCUGGCACAUCAGUGUUACUACCUGUGGAAAAAUACUCGACUGGAGCUGCUCAAUCUGUCCCCAGAGAUAUCCAGUCUUCUGAAACAACUUCGGAGGAAAUACAAGCUGCUGCUCCUCACCAACGGGAAUGCUCAAACACAAAGGGAGAAAGUCGAGGCAGCCCGUUGUGAAGGCUUUUUCGAUAGCAUUGUGCUGGCGGGAGAUUAUGCUGAACAGAAACCUUUCCCCUCCAUCUUCAGACUGUGUUUUGACCUGCUGCAGGUGGAGCCCCAGGACUGCAUCAUGGUUGGAGACUCACUGGACACUGACAUCCAGGGUGGGUGGAGUGCACAUGUACGUGCUACAGUUUGGAUUAACAGUGCAGGUGACGCUGUGCCUGUUGGUUCAGUGACACCUGACUUUACACUUUCCACUGUCUUGGACCUGGAAGACAUUUUGGCACAACUAAAAUAAGGACAACUGGUGAUAUAAUCCUUUUAUAACUUGGUCAAAUGUGGAAGAGCUUGACCCGGUUGAAUCCUAUAUUUUAUCAAAAAGGUUGUUUUUUUUGCCAAAGAUGUUCUGAAAUACGAGAAUAAAAUGCAUGCCUACUGCUAGAAAUUUCAUCAACAUAUGUUUUAAUUGCAUUUCCAAAUAAUAACACAAUUUGUCAAAAGAAGAUGCAUGCGACCCUAAUAAUUAUUUUUUGUUGGUAUUCCUACUUACUGUGCAAGUUUUUUUUCUUAUUACGUCAUCACCUAUCCAUAAUUAGUUUUUUUUUAAACGACGACACGCAUAACUCACUUGUAAGCGUCAUCAUGGAUUAUGAUGUCACAUCCAUGAUCACAUGGCAUGAUGUCAUAGAGUGGUUAUGGUGUUAAAUGUGCUCUUGACGCAAGCCAACAGUCCUAAAGAUAUAUUUUUCACAUAAUGUAAAGAUAAUAAAAUGGCAAUGGGUGUAAACUCAAAUAUUCAAAACUCAUCAACUGAAACUGGUAGGUACUUCUGCUUGUAGCAUCCCGUGUCUGCUAGCAAUCUCUGUAGGCUCCAUGACCUUUGCAUGCCCACUAUAAUGUAUACGUCUGUUGCCAUUUGCAGAUCAGAAGAAAAAAUCGAAGCCAUUUGAUAAACUACAAUCAAACAUUCUGAGUAGUAAAACAAGCACCUACCUGGUUAAGGACUUAAUUGGUGAAGGAAGCUUUGGUAAAGUUGCCCAGUGUAUAAACUUGGGCACGUCACAGGCCAUAGCCCUCAAAGUCCUGAAAACCAAGUCAAAUGUGAUAUCCAAAAUGGAGGUAUAGCAUCCUAAAUCCUUAGGGAGCUUUUACCUCAUGUAGUCUUUCGAUUUCACUCAUUGGUGUGUGGUUAUUUUUAUUUUAUUUUGUUCUUCUCCACAGAUCAAAAUGCUUGGAAUUGUGAGUGUUCUGGAUCCGGUAAAAAAGAGCAUUGUGAAGUUUAUUGAAAACUUUGAGCAUGAAGGGUAUACGUGUUUGGCAUUUGAAAUGCUAGACUUGAGCCUUUUCGAUUUUGUUGUCAAGAAACGUAAGAAGCCACUGUCUAUCAGUGAGAUACGGCCGAUUGCGCAUCAGGUAAAGGGAUCAUUUAGUCAUUUCAGAGCUGUGUUAAACAUGAAAUUUCUUACAUUUAUUGUACAGUGUAUGCACAUAAUUAAAUUGCCCUUUUAAGCUUG